GGUUACGAAGCAGGCAUCAAGGGAAUUUUAGAAGAUCGGCGGGACAGGAAAGUCCACGACUCACGUGAAGCAAUCGACCUUGAAGCAAUGAUCAAGGAUCUUCAACUACGCGAUCAGGAAUCUGUGCUCAUGCGGAAGACUCUCACAGAUAUCUAUGAACGAAACCGCCAGAUUCGUCGACGUCUCAAUGAGACCUACACGCAUCCUCCAAAAAUCAAUCCUGCAGAUGCCCAAUACGAGAACGCUUUUUACACGGAUGUUUACCAUCUCGUACGGCACCACAUCCAUCGGACUAUCCAAGGGCUAGACCUCGGUACCAUGCUCGACAAGGUCUCUUACUCCCAAACAAAAAGAGAAAAUAUUAUCAUACGGAUGGAAAUCGAUGCCAAUGAAGGCAAUACUGAACCGUUCUUCGUUGAUUUUGCCGCGCGGAUGGGUCCAAGAAACGCACAAAUUGUCUACGAGUCACUUCGAAGCCUGGUCGAGAAAUCCUCACAAGAAGCGCGGAACUUUAGAACCAUGGUCGAGGCCUGCCAAAACAUCAUAGACGAACCUAAUCCGGCUUUUACCCCAAUUGCCAAUCCAACCCACCCCGCCUCCUAUAUGGUACCAAAUGUUCUCAACGUAACCCUUGAGAAGGAGCCCCCAGAUUCGCCAUUCGAAAUGGCACGGACAAUGGGCUCGAACAUCACUCUCGCGGUAGCAAAGUCCAUUCUUGAGAAACCUCCGAGUGAGCCAGCCGGCACAUUCACAGACAAUAACUACCCCUGGUACGAACUCCUCCGCAACUUCUUCACAUCCCCCGAUAUCUUCCCCCUUUUCCGCUCUGCAACCUAUACAGGAAGCAGACGAUCAUGGAACAAAGACGAGUUCAUCAAAUACGUCAACUCCCUCCUCAAAACACCCCUCGAACAUCGCAUCAUCGAAGCUUUUCUCGUUUACUGCUCUCACACCAGUGAUCUCUUCCGCAUAACAGAGUUCAGGCGCAGAGUAAACGUGAUCCCCGACGGCUGGGAGCUCUGCGAAGAAAACCGAGUACGCGGCCUCUACCGCAAAGUGCCUCCCUCCUCUCUAUCCCGUCCCCGAGGAAUCGACCGCCUCGAACAUGUCCUGUGCAAGAACUGGGGUGCGGUAGGAUGCGAAAAUCCAGAUCGGAAUAUGGAUGAAGAAGACUUGCGGAAAUUCUUGAAUGGAGCGAUGCCGAACGAUCAUCGGAUCAGUAAAGAGAGAAUGCGGAUGUGUGUUAGCUAUUGGAGUAAUGUUGGUCAAUUCUUCGUCUUGGUGAACCCGGACGCAUACCUCAGAAUCGACGAAUACGCCGACGCCUUCACGUCCGCCAAACUCUUUCGCAUCGAUUCUGGCUUCAACCUCCUCUCUUCCCUGCCUCUCCUCCCCAUCUCCGCCCCGCCUCCGAACUUCGACCAAAUCCUCUCUUCUUUCCAAACCACCUCUCUUGCUCCUUUGAUAAAAGGACAUGGGAGGGAAGGCGUUGGUGAGAGGAUGUUGUAUAGGUUUUUGUUUUUGGGGGUUGAGAGAGGGGGCAUGAAUUGGGAGGUUAGUAGGUUUCAGUUUCAUUGCUUUUUGAGGUGGUGCAGUCAGAGUGGGAGGAUCGUUGAGAUGGCGAGGGACGGGGGUUUGAGGUUUAUUGCUGGGGGCGGCAGUGCAGGGGGAAGUGGAAAUUGGGGUGGAGCUGGAGGUGGAGGUAGAAGUGCAAGUGGAAGCCAAGGAGGUGGUCUAAGUGCUAGCGGGAGUCGAAGUUUUAGUGCGAAGGGAAGUCGAGAGGGAGUGGUAAGUGCAAAUACAAGCGGGAGUCGAGGACAGAGCACUACGGUGGGACAAAGUGGACAAAGUGGAAGCGGUCAUGGAGGAAGCGUGAGGGAUCCAAGGAGGAGGGAUGGCGAUGGCGAUGGCGAUGGGCAUGGAUAUGCGAGGCAGGGGUGGAAUGGGAGGGAUGAUGAUGUGAUGAGUUAUCAUGGGACGACCUUGGGAGAUUUCAUUGGGAAGUAGCUGAGCCGGAAAGGCUUUUUUGGGGGGGCGUGUGCAGUUUGACCAUGGAGCAGUGAGGUUUGAUUCGCUGUAUUCAUCUUUGCCAACUACUGUUGUUAUUAGAUAAUACCUUAGUAGCACGCCUUUUUCAUUUUGAGUACUAAUUUAAUGCUUAACUGAUAAUACUAUAGAUUUGAUUUAGAACUUAUAAAGAGGAUAGGUUAUCGAAAC